AUGGCUCAGCCACAAAUAUUGGGCAAUAGCCUGUCAAUUUUCAGCGCUACUGUCGAUCUGCUCGACGUGCCUAAUAUCCUGACAAGUCUAACAUCAAGCGUUCAGAAAAUCAUAGAGCAGCGGCGAUCGGGCAAGAAGAAAUGCGAGGAGUUGCAACUCGAUGCUAUCACUCUUAUCAGCAUGGUCGAACGCCCUAGCACAACUCAAAGUGAAUUGCAAGUGAAAAGAGUGAGAGAGCUCAUCUCAAAAAUCCAAUUUUGUCUCGCCAAAUUCGCAAAGGCAAACUGGCUCGACCACGCAGUUGAAGCCAUGUUCAAAGACGAAUAUUCGAAGCUACGAGACGAAUAUCGGCAACUGGAGAUGAAGCAUAUUUUGGCAUCUAUUGAUGAUAUCAAAAACAGCGACAAUCAGGCAGUAUCGCUUUUACAAAAAGUGAAGGAGGUAGUAGAGAAGAACCCAUCGACUCAUUCCCCAGUCACCCUAGCUCUGGACACCUCCAGCAUCGACUGGGAGUAUUCUAUCGGAAGAGGACAAGUGGCUGGAUAUGGCGCUGUCGAAUGUCGCAGACUUGAUGACAGCUUAAUGAGUCGGCAUGCAUUGCAGCUUUACCAAGACUUUCAACGGGGAGCGCAUAUCCAGACAAUUCACGGCAUUGCUGAGAUUAACAAGCAAGAAUAUGUUAUUAUGCAGGACUGCUCUGGGCUACAAACACUCAAGAGCUGGCGCGCUGAUGCCACUCGAGUUCUUAUCCUGCGCGAUCGAAUACGUAUCGCAUACGAUGUGGCUCAAUCUGUCGCUUGGCUUCAUGGAGGCGGGCUUCUGCUCAAGUUCCUAACCGAGACUUUCAUUCGCCUAUGUAACGACGGGAACUCUCACCCCAUUUUGACCCAGCUUGGGUAUGCACGUUGUACAAAUAGCGCCCGUAUAGACGCGAGGUACCAGGCCCCCGAGAUUCUACAAGAUCUUCUUGAGGGGCGAUAUUGCCAGCCUCACUCCUUAGCAACAGAUGUCUGGAGCUUGGGCAUUGUCAUCUGGCAAAUCCUAACAGACGGCGCUCCAUACCAGCUCGAGGAAGACAUGUACCUAUAUAAACCGGCAGAAGAGUCGUCGAUACUAAAACGCUGCUUGGAGAGGUCCCCGGUCCCGGGAGACUUCCCUCCUGAUCUUCCCUCGCCGCUAGUUGAGAUUGUUCAGAAUUGUUGGUCCCCUAUCGGUCAAGGACGCCCAUCUGCUAUGGCCGUGGCAAGCUCCCUGCUUCGAGUACAAGCUCUAUUAGACUCGGUUGCCAUCAAUUCUGGGCCAGGCGGCAUAGAUACCCCUGUCAGACUCAGCAAUCUCCAAGCCUUAGAAAAGGCACGGUCAGCGGCAUGGGACUUGGUUCAGAGAGCAAGACAAAGGGAAAAGAACCAAGACGAAGAACUUGAACAACUAAGCGAAGACCAUGUCAGUGUCAUUCUCUAUUGUGCUGAAGAUCCCCUCCAUCCCGAGUGUACUUUCCUGGUAGGCGCUAUGAUUUGGUGGAAGCUUAUCAACAUCUGGUUGAUUGAUAACUCUGUUUCAACUCGCGCUUUGGGAUUUAAUGGUAUGUUUGAUACAACACCUAACUCCUUUGCUGCUGUGUAA